AUGUUCUUAUACUAUACUUCUUCACAAGCUAUUAUAAUGUGUGUUGCUGCAAAAAAUGGUUAUGAUGGUAACUGGAAUGUAUUUGAAGGUGGUAAGGCGUCUGCCAGUAAUGCAAAAAAUUAUGCUCCAAUUGAAACAACUAUCGUAUUAAACGGUAAUUGUUGA